CACAUCACAUCAUACCUGACGAUAAUAUAAUCCUUCCCCGCUAAGAUUCCUUUUUCCUUCAUUUUCCUUCCCUUACCAUUCUUUCUUCUUAUUAUCUCCACCUCCCUCUUUUCAUUCUCACCCUCCACCUCCUCUUCUCAUCACACACCAACCAAGGUACAAAGAAUUCUCUGAUUCCACGCGAAUUUUCAUUUCCUCAAAGAACAAAAAAGAGAAAGAAAUUUCUCUCAGAUCCAUGGCGGAAGAACAACCAUGUCAAGCACCUGAAGGUCACCGUCUCUGCACAAACAACUGUGGUUUCCUCGGUAGUCCGGCAACGAUGAAUCUCUGUUCAAAAUGCUACGGUGAUAUUCGUAUAAAGGAACAACAAGAUGCUUCAACAAAAUCCACAAUUGAAAACGCUCUUUCGUCGUCCUCUUCUUCCGCCGUCGCAUCGACCGCGUCUCCGUCGCUUUCUACAUCCGAACCGAUCGUUGUUUCCGUCGAAUCAAUUAAUCCGACGCCAGCUUUGACAGAGAUCGCAACGAGUUCUAUAACCGUCGGUUCGGCUGGUUCGGUUCAACCGAACCGGUGUGUGACGUGUAGAAAGCGCGUGGGGUUGACCGGGUUUAGGUGUAGAUGCGGGUCUACGUUUUGUGGGUCCCACAGGUAUCCAGAGAGACACGGCUGUAGCUUUGAUUUUAAGACGGUGGGGAGAGAAGAAAUAGCUCGAGCGAAUCCUUUGAUUAGAGCGGAGAAGCUUCAGAGGAUUUGAAUUGAUCAUAGCCGUUCGAUGAGAUGGGGGUGUUGUGGACCGUUUGUUGUAUUAGUUGAUCGCGGCCGUCCACGUGGAUUGUAUUUGAGAAAGAGAUAUCAUAUGUAUGAUUGAUUAUGAAUUAUGAUGAUGAUUACUAUUAUGUAAUGUAAAUUAAAUGUAUGAUUUUUCUUCUAAUUAUUUUAAGAUUAAGAUGGCAA